CCACACCAAGCUCAUACCAUCUCAUUCGUCAAUUUGCCACACACCAUGCUACGCCCACUUGCCGUCGCCGCUGUCCUCGCGACUGCCGCCGCGCAGCUCCAAGAGAAGAAGCUCUGCACGGCGACCGGGCUCAUUUUCUCCGAGUUUUACGGCAAGGUGUACACUGACGUGGUCCGCAACAACAACAACGAGGUCUUUGUGUACAACCCCACGGACAAGACGCUCAUGGCCAAGAGCAACGGCGAGUGCCUCGAGGCGCAGCCGUUCCCGCCGCACCCGUACUUGGGCUACGGCGCUCUGGCCACGGCGCCAUGCAUCCCGUCCAAGCCCAUGCAGCAGUGGACGAUCCAGAACGACCGCGUCUUCAUUGCCGAGCCUCCGAGUCACUCGCUGCCCGCGUACUGCAUCGACGCGCACUCGAUCUUCCAGCCCGGUGGCAACGUCGGCGUCGGGCCAUGUGACUUUGACAAGGUGACGACCGCCACCGUGCUCGACUGCAAUGUGGCCAAGACCAAGUACGUCGCGCUCAAGACCCUCACGACCGGCAAGCGCCUCAGUGAGUUCUACUCGGGCCUCUAUGCCAACGCGCCGGCCAACAACUACAACGAGAUCUUUGUUUGGGACCAGCCCAACAAGAUGUUCAAGGUCGCGACCAGCGGCCAGUGCUUGGACGCCUUCAGAGACCCGAAGAAGAUGUACCACGUGCACAUGUGGGACUGCGACGUCAACAACAGCAACCAAAAGUGGAACUACAACCCGAGCACCAAGACAUUGGAGCACGCGACGCACGUUGGCCAGUGCCUGCACGCCGACCCAACCUACGGCGACUUUCGCGCGCAGAUCAUGGCCUGCACACCCAACAACCCCCUGCAGCAGUGGACCAUCGGCCCGCUCGUUGCUUGAUACCUUGAUACAUUUCUCGUCAACAUUCAUUUAUGGUACAUAACGACGGGCUAUGGGCGCGCCAAUUAGC